GCCAGCUCCACUAGGCUUGCAGGCAGGAGAUUAAACCACAGAUGGUGAGUGAGUCUGAGAGUGAAGAGAAGAAACUCACUCAGGUCUGAUCCCUCAGUAUUCUCCAACAGCCCUUGCUAAGGGAGUUGGUUGGGUGAGGAAAGGGAAGGGUAACCCAGCAGGGCUGUUUUAACAGAGAAAUCACUGAGUUAAAUGCUGGAUAACAAGCAGAAGGAGCUAUUGCAGAUAAGGACAAGUGAAGCCGAGGAUGUGAAAUCGUGUCUGCUGCUGAAUGUACAGGAACUGGAUUGGGAAAUGCCACUGCUGCUGCAGUGAACAGGAAUCAGAUGGUUACCUGCUCCUCCAGCUCCUUGGUGAGCCCCAAAUGUUCUGAGGGUCUCAAAUCCACUGUUGGUAGAUGACCUUUGGAGCGCAGCAUGAGCAGCGGGUACUGUAGUCUGGAUGAAGAGCUCGAGGAUUGUUUUUUCACAGCCAAGACCACCUUCUUCAGGAGUGCACAGAGCAAAGCCCCUGCCAAGAAUGUAACAAAAACAGCAGAAGAAGAAAAACCCAAAGCUCCCACUAUCCAGGAGAUUGAACAGAUAAUCAAUAGUUACAAUGCCAAGGUUACAAACUGCUUCGUGAUGAAGCUGAAUGAGGACGGCACUUACACGGGCUUCAUUAAAGUGCACUUGAAACUGUGCCGGCCUGUGACGGUGCCAGCAGGAAUUCGGCCGCCGUCUAUCUACGAUGCCCUCAAGGAGGUGAACCUGGCUGAUAUGACGGACAAGAGAACUUCCUUCUACUUGCCGCUGGAUGCAGUCAAGCAGCUGCACAUCAGCAGCACGACCACGGUCAGCGAGGUGAUCCAGGGGCUCCUCAAGAAGUUCAUGGUGGUGGACAACCCUCAGAAGUUUGCACUUUUCAAGGAAAUGCAGAGAGAUGGGCAAGUUCUCUUCCAGAAGCUCUCUCUAACAGAAUACCCCUUGUAUCUCCGGCUGCUGGCUGGCCCCGACACAGAUGUUCUCAGUUUCGUGCUGAAGGAAAACGAAACGGGGGAAGUUGAGUGGGACGCAUUCUCUAUCCCAGAGCUACAAAAUUUCUUAAUGAUACUGGACAGAGAGGAAAAAGACAAAAUUCAGCAAGUCCAAAAGAAGUACAGCAAGUUUAAACAAAGACUGGAGGAGAGUUUGAAAGAAGCAGGAGGAAAACCAGGAUAACCAAACACAAAGCACGUAUCGUACCAGACUAAGCUAGAUAUUAUUUUUAAAAAGAAGAGACUUCUCAGGACACCUCAGAUUUGUCUGACCCUUUCUCCCUGUUCCUCUGUCUGAGGAAUGACACACCCACAAAGAGACAAGCGUCGCAUUUCUUUUCCCUCAGAAAUUAUCGCUGGAUCACAGCCAGUCAGUAAAAAAAAAUGGAAAGCCUCUCUUUAAAUCCGCAGGCCCUCGAUAAACCAAGUAGAGCUGCUGCUUAGCUUUCAGUUGUCUCAUUGGGUUGCCAAGCAGAGAAACUUCACGGUAAUGGCUGAAUGUUAAAUAAAUAGGAAUAUCUACUGGGUAAUUAUGUUGGGCAGGAUAGAACUGCAUUUCUUUCACCCUCCUCCCACCAACUUGCUUGUUGGCUUUGUUUUAAGAUGCUACGGCUGCCUUGUGUGUGGUUGUUGUGUUGUGUUGUGUAGUUCCGUCAUUUCAUAAGUUAGGUGGUGCCACAGGAAGCAGCAGAUAAAGCAAUGAGGGUUGGUUGCACCAGAUCAUGUGUGUGUUGCAGCUGCUGUUGAUGCCAAAACGGAUUGUUGCACAAUUCUAAGAGAUCUACUGAAACAUAAAAAGUCAGAUGCCAAGAAGGCUCCAAGUCCACCGUAGUCUGUCCAGUAGGUUUCACUGGGAUUUUACCUACUGUUCAUUCUCGGGAAUUUUUAAAGAUGAUGAAGGAGGAGGAGAGUGAAACUAGGAUUGUUUGGUCGGCUAGUCUCCGCGUGAGAGCAAAUGCUCCCUACUGCUGAGUGUGGCUAUUCUGUGUAUUGCCAGUUUCCUACUCAGGGACCAAUGUUUUACAGAUUUACUCUUUUUACAUGUAAGAUGGUUGAGGUGGGAACAUGGAUGAUGGUUCAAUACAGAAACUGGAGCACAAUUUUCAGCCAUGCAGAGGAACAGCAACUGCCCAGCCUCCUGCAGCUUUGCUCCUGUUACCCUCGAUCACCCAACCACCCACAGAGCCUCCGCAUCCUCCCACUGUCCUCCUUCUGCACGUAGAUGAGAGGCUGCUAGGUUCCCUGUAUGACUACCACCCUGCCACGUGUGGUGCUUAGAGCUGGGAGAAUGCAACAAGAAUGUCAUUACUCACCGCCUCCAUUCUUUCUCAGAGAAACAGCUUAGCCUUUUACAAAUGGACACUGCUACAGUUGGAAACAACAGUUACUGCUAUUAAUCCCGUCCUAGCUCCUGGUUCAAGGACUCCAACUUAAAAAUUACACUUCAGUCUGGAAAGCUUUAAUCUAAGGUGUUACUUUUAACAGGUUAUUGUUCCAGUGUUUCCUUUGAGUGCAUUGGAUUAAGCACUUUGUGUGUAGUCAGUUUCACUCUUUCCCUUGUCUGCAUAGAUCCUUCGUACAGCAACAAAGGGAUGUGUGAAAAGGAAGGAAACCUGAUGGUAAAGCCAUGGAAAGGGGCAGGUGCAGAUAGAAAACCUGAAAUGACUUUAAACUGAUGACCUGAGUUGAAAGCAUCCCUUGAAACUUGUUAUAUGGUGAAAUGAUUCCACUUCAAAGGUUCCGCGUCCACUAGAUGCAAAGUGAUGACAGAAGGCAAUUUUAAGAGUCUCAGAUUUACCUCAGUGCCUUUUUAAGUGUGAAAUCUUUACUGUAAAGUUAAUGAGGAUCAUGGGUUGAGAAGGGCUUUUCUGAAAGGCCUCAGUCACUUUUUCCCCCCUGCCUGUUCUCUGAAGUACUGUAGGGAUGAGGCUGAUUUUUGGGGGGCAGUGGGGGGAGAAAGGAAUUGUCAGUUUCCCCCCCAGGGUGACUCUAUGCUUGUUUUUUUUCCAGUUUUAUAUCUAAGUAUCUUUUAAAUGGGAGAAAGUGACUGCACUGCUUAGCAAGCCUGCAACGGUGUAGAGACGCCACUUGGUUUCACAGCUGGUAGCAUAGACAGGUUUGAUAAUAGGGCUGCAGGGCAGGGAAAGCCACCUAGCUGUACUGUAUUCCUUACCCAGGUGACCUUUAACAACCGUGCGGUAGCAGAGACGGAAUCAGGAAAUCGCAGGCUUUUUGGGUGUUGGCCCAUUUGUAAAAUGGGGAGAGUACUUACUGACCUCAUACGUACACUGUGAGGUCAAUAAGUAAUUAGCACUUAAUGCUUUUGGCCUUGAAAGCACUAUGUACAAAUAUUGACUGAGCAGAAAGAAGCACACUGUAAAAUGUCAUUAGUUCUGAGAAGCAAGAUCCAGAUCUUUUUAAAUUUCAUCUCAUCUUGCUGGCUAGAAGUUUUAGGGGUGUUUUUACUGAUAUUUUUUUUCCUUCAGUGACCAUCCCACCCUCUGGACCCCUAGCAUGUCUUUAACGUUUUGUAGAAGGCAUGGCUUCUAACGCAAUUAUGGUGAAUGCUGCUGAAAACCUCCUGCAAAGAGGGAGGGCUGUUUUUGUUUUGGUUGGCUAUGGGGCAUUUAAAGAGAAACCCUUGAAACUCUGAUGCAAAAGCACAGUCAAUUGACCUGUGCCAAAGGCACAAGCUUUAGACAUUAUCAAAAGCCCCCUUCCUUCAGAUGCGCAAAAUACUGCUGGCAGUGCCUUUGGUUAGCAUUGUGUUGCCUAGUGUACGUGUGAAUUUUUUUUUGUCAGCUGUACAACAUGUAAAAACUGUGUAUAGAAUGGAAUAGUAAAGCUUCUGUGGCACAGUGAAAUGCAUUUUUGCAAUGCUGUAAUUUAUUUUUACUACUCCCUGUUAAUUCUGUGGUAUUUUUAAAAAAGUCACUCAGCUUUUAUGAAAGUUCUGAAACGGUUGGUUCAGAUGCAGACAGUGUAAGAGAACGAUAAUAAAACA